CAAAUUGAUAAAAACAAACUUUUGACAUUUCUUUAACCUUGCAAAAAAAGUUUUACUUUCAGUAGACUGGUAUUUUGUGUUGAAAUUAUCAUUGUAAAACAUGGCAUUGAACAAUUUCCUUGAUUUUUUUCAGAAAGGAAAGACUUUCCGGCCAAAAAAGAAAUUUACUCAUGGUACAAUCCGAUACAGUUUAUAUAAACAAGCUCAAGCGAGUUUAAAUUCUGGAAUUAACCUAAGAGCUGCAGUCAAACUUCCGCAAGGCGAAGAUCUUAAUGAUUGGAUAGCUGUCCAUGUUGUCGACUUCUUCAAUCGGAUUAAUCUAAUUUAUGGAACUAUCUCUGAAUAUUGUACUGAACAGACUUGUCCUACAAUGUCUGGAGGGCCAAGAUUUGAAUAUUUAUGGGCUGAUGGGGAUAAAUUCAAAAAGCCUACUCCACUACCUGCAAGAGAGUAUAUAAGUCAUCUCAUGGACUGGAUUGAGAUGCAAAUAAACAAUCAGGAUUUAUUCCCUUGUACAAGUGAAAGACCUUUUCCUAAAAAUUUCUCCAGCCACUGUAGUAAAAUUCUGGCAAGAUUGCACAGAGUAUUUGUUCAUGUCUACAUUCAUCAUUUCCAAAAUAUUGUCACUAUAGCAGCAGAGGCACACGUUAAUACCUGUUACAAGCAUUUUUACUACUUUGUAACAGAAUUUGAACUGGUUAGCACUAAAGAACUGGAACCUUUAGCAGAAAUGGCAUCUAAAAUUUGUAAGGAUCCCGCUGUAUAAACAAAAUGCUUGAGGUUUACCCUAUUUGAACAGUUAUAUAAUGCUCAAAUCUCAAAUAUUAUAGAGAAACAAGGCUAAACUGUAUCUGCAAUAGUGUUUUUUUAAACUUUUUGGCCAGUAUGAUAACCAUACAAUAGAUUAUUUUCAAGGCAAAGAAUUUAUAGAAUAUUGAGAAUAUUGCAGUAGCAAUUAACCAGUUUAAGUUCACUAUCAUCAACUAAUCAAGUGAUAUCGGGCUCAUGUCUCUUAUUGGUCUGAAAAUAAUACAUUGAAUGGUAGCAAAAUGAA